ACAGCCAACUAAAGGCAGGGCGCAGCAGGGGGGCAUGCGGGUGGGGGAGAUGGAGAGGGACUGCCUGGUGGCGCACGGGGCAGGGAGCAUGCAUCUACCCACUCUCACCGCAUCCCAUCCCUCAUUAUCCCGUCACUUCCACUAUGCGCCCAUUGUUACAGAUGACCACCCGCCAGCCCACCAAGGGCAGGGCACAGCAGCAGGGGGGGAUGAGGGUGGGGGAGAUGGAGAGGGACUGCCUGGUGGCGCACGGGGCAGGGAGCAUAUGACAACUAGACAGCCAACUAAAGGCAGGGCGCAGCAGGGGGGCAUGCGGGUGGGGGAGAUGGAAAGAGACUGCCUGGUGGCGCACGGGGCAGCACACUCCCUCUCUGAGCGCCUCUCGCUCCUCUCAGACGCCACCGCUGUUGCUGUCUGCUCUGCCUGCCGCCUCAUCGCCUCUGCGGCGGGUGGACCUGGGGGAGGUGCACCUGGGGGAGGUGGUGGUGGUGGCAGUGGUUUUGAUGGUUACGCUGUUGCUGGUGCUGCUGGUGCUACUGCUGAUGCUGGUGGUUUCGGUAGUUUUGGAGGAGAGGGGAGUGAUUGUCCUGGCCCGGCGUGCCAGUUGUGUGGAAGCAGCACAAACACCACAGAGGUGUGCAUGCCGUAUGCCUUGAAGUUGUUGUUUGAUGAGAUGAGGGCCAUGGGGAUCUCAGGUCAUGGGGAUCUCAGUGCGUUUGCAGCCAUCCCACUGAUUGCUGCUGCUGUUCUCGAAUCAAGCAUUCCCUCUUUUAGAUAA